AUGGAGCAGAGGAACAAUUCAGAAGUAUCAGGAUUUCUCCUACUAGGACUUUCUCAGGUCAAAGAAGUCCAGCUUGCCCUCUUCUUCUUGUUUAUACUCUUCUAUUCAUUCAUCCUGCCUGGGAACAUCCUUAUCAUUGUUACAAUUUGGAUGGAUCACCAUUUGGCUUCCCCGAUGUACUUUUUCCUAGCCAACCUAGCCUUCCUUGAUAUUUGCUACUGCUCUGUCACCCCACCAAAGAUGCUAGCUGAUUUCCUAAGUCAGCAUAAAACUAUCUCUUAUGGUGGAUGCAUGUGCCAGCUCUUUUUCUUGCAUUUCUUGGGAGCAGCUGAGAUAUUCUUGCUGAUGGCCAUGGCCUAUGACAGAUAUGUGGCCAUAUGUAGACCAUUACAGUACCUAUAUCUUGUGAGCAGAGGUGUGUGUUGCACUUUGUUGGGGGCUUCAUGGCUUGGAGGAUUUGUUCAUGCUAUCAUCCUCGUCAUUUUGACUCAUCGCCUCCCCUUUUGUGGCCCCAAUAUCCUGGACAAUUUCUUCUGUGAUGUCCAACAGGUCAUCAGACUGGCCUGCACUGAUACAUACAGGGUGCAAGUCCUGACUUUCAUCAACAAUGGUCUUGUUAUAUUGGCCUCCUUUGUACUAUUGGUUGCCUCAUAUACAACCCUUUUGCUCAAACUGAAAACUAGUACCACACAAGGGAGGAGCAAAGCCUCAUCCACCUGUGUCACCCACAUUAUUGUCAUCUUUGUAAUGUGCGCUCCAGCCAUCUACCUCUACAUAUAUCCCUCAGGGCCCUUACCCAUGGACAAGAUGGUGGCUGUCUUCCAUACUGUGAUCUUCCCCUUAUUAAAUCCAGUGAUCUACACAAUGAGGAAUAAAGAAAUCAAGAGCUCCAUGAAGAAAUUAAUCAAAAGGCAUAUUCUCUGGACUGCAGAGUAA